CCGCCACUGGAAUUGAAGACCACAGCGACUGAGGCAGCGUUGGCCUGGGCGGCGAAUCCAACAUGAGCUCCAGGGACCGAUGGGGACAACACUUUGGCGGGGACAGAGAACACAUUCCAACUGUUUAUGUUGAUGGUAGCUGCAGCAAUAAUGGGAGAUCUGGUGCACAAGCUGGAUCCGGAGUCUACUGGGGACCUGACCACCCAAUGAAUGUAAGUGAGAGGGUUUAUGGACGACAGACAAAUCAGACAGCAGAGCUGUGGGCAGCUCACAAAGCAAUUGAACAAGCAAGAACUCAAAAUAUAGAUAAACUCAUCAUUAAAACUGAUAGCAAGUUUGUCAUCAAAGGUGCGACAGAGUGGGUUGAUAAAUGGAAGCAAAAUGGAUGGAAAACAGCCUCUGGAGGAGACGUUGUCAACAGAAGUGAUUUUGAGAAGAUUGAUCAAGCCUCCCAAGGCAUGGCUAUUCAGUGGGAGUAUGUUCCUGGCCACCGAGGCAUCAAAGGCAACGAAGAAGCUAACCGAUUGGCUGUAGAAGGAGCUAAAAAAUAGACUUCAUUUCCAUCAGAGGUUGUGAACCUUCGCUUUUGGAGUUAUAUCUGUUGGUGUCAAAUUCCGAAGAUUUUCUUCCCUCUUUCUCACGGCCUCCAUUUUGUUUUUACCUUUUUGUUACAAUUGGUAUUAGCAUCUUUCUAGAUGAAUAGAAACACACUCUCCACUUUCAAGAGCUGGUUUCAUUCACAUCUUAUGUGUUUGCAAGUCAAGCGAAGAGAUUUAACAUGGGUGUAGCUAUUUUGUGCUUUAGAAUUAUGUUCAAUCCAGAUGUUUUAAAUUUUGAUGAAGUAAAGAGACGAACUUUCACUCUGCA